CUCACUCGUGCUCUCUUCCGGGCUUUCAGUUUGUACAGAGAUACCAUACAGUGCAUAUCAUACAAUCGAUCAGACUCGUAACAACGUUUAAAAUUGUCAUAAUCAACGAAUGUUAACUGUGUAAAAUAGAAUAAUAAUAAUAAUAACAAAAUUAUGAAAGUAGAGAAUGCAGUUAGCCAAGCGAUAGAAAUUUGUCUACGAAUUUUUGGCAUCUGGCCAAAUAUAUCUUGCGUUUUAUUACGUAGACUCUUCUGGAUUGUCACGCUCGUACUCCAGCAAGCCUUUCAGUAUCGAUAUAUAAUAAUGCAUUUCCAUUUGUUCGAGUUUGACGAGAUGACGAAAAUUCUGAGUGCGGCUUUGGCGUAUACAAUACUUUUAGCGAAACUUGUCAUUUUUUGGUAUAAGCAACGAAAGUUCAACACAAUAUUAACAAUGAUGGCGGCUGACUGGGGAGAGCGUUCCAAUACGAAAUUCAGUAUGUCAGUGAUGACGUGCAAUGCCAAACUGUCACGGCGCUUUGCUAACAUAACGGUGAUUCUCUACGUGGCAAAUGUAACUCUUUUUAGCAGCAAAAUCCUCGUAAAGCACGCGGAUGAUGACAUAGCCUCGAACGUUUCCACACGACUACUUAUUCAAGAGAUGGAUUUGCCAUUUGACGUUAAUCGACGAUUCGUAUAUGAAUCAGUCAUAAUUGUACAAUUUCUUCAUUUGCAGUUGUGUGGUUACAUAGUGGGUAUAUUAAAUGUUCUACUUAUAAAUCUGAUACUGCAUAUAAGCGGUCAAAUCGAUAUUCUUCGUAAGAGUGUGACGGAAAUUUUUCCAAAGGAAGGAAAGUGCAGUCCGAGUCGUUCUGUGGUAAAAGAAAUAAUUAAAAAACAUCAGAAAGUUAUCAUCUUUUCAGAACAUAUCGAAGAUCUAUACUCAUAUAUCGCAUUAGUGGUAUUCGUAUCGGAUACCUUAAUGAUCUGCUUCUUGGGUUUUACAAUUGUCGCGUCGAUUGGUCAACCCAAUGCUUCAGAAAUUAUAAUCAAUAAUCUCGUAUUUUACCUCGUUAUGAAUAUCGAGGCGUUCGUAUUCUGUUUUGCUGGAGAAUACCUAAGCGCUAAGAGCAAAAGCAUUGGAGAUGAUGCAUACGAUUCCCUGUGGUACAAAUCAAAUUCCAGAGACAGUAGAAUUAUUUUGCUUUUGAUAAUGAGAUCACAAAAUCAAUUAACAAUUACAAUUGGAAAGAUAAUGAAUUUAUCUCUAGAACAAUUUAGCAGUAUUCAAAAAGCUUCGGCCUCCUACAUGUCAGUCCUAUUUGCAAUGUACUGAAGUGAAACUACUUUCUAUUCACAUC